AUGCUGCUGACGGUGUUGGUGGCUAUUUCCACCAUUGUCACCAUCCUACUCUUGCUGUUGCCCUCUCCACAGCUCGCCGCCGAUCAGCAAUGUUCGGUCCAAGUCGUGGUGCUCGGUGACCUGGGCCGAAGCCCCCGUAUGCAAUAUCACACUUUGAGCAUCGCGACUCACGGUGGCCGUGUCCAGCUUAUUGGUUAUAGAGAGACUGAUCCAUUGCCCGAGCUGCUCUCGCAUCCCAAUGUCAGGCUCCGCCCAUUAUCGCCUCCUCCUCGAUGGCUCCAAACCAGCAACAAGAUCCUGUUUCUUCUGUGUGGACCUCUGAAAGUCCUACUGCAAACAUGGACGCUAUGGACCACUUUGAGCUAUUCUUCUGAUCCUUGCAAGUGGAUGCUUGUUCAGAACCCCCCCUCGAUACCCACUUUACUGGUUGUUUCUACUGUCUGUUUCUUUCGACGAACCCGGCUGAUCGUUGACUGGCAUAAUUUUGGGUAUUCUAUCCUGGCUCUCAAGCUCGGGUCAGAUCAUCCUUUGGUCGGAAUAUCCAGGUUUUAUGAAACUACUCUCGCAAAGGCCGCGAAUGCAAAUUUUACUGUUACAGACGCAAUGGCUCAAGUUUUAAAGUCUGAUUACAAGAUCACUGCUCCCAUUAUGACCUUGCAUGACCGACCAGCAGACUUGUACCAGCCUCUAACAGAUUCGAAGCGAAUAGCUUUCUUGCAGCGCUACCCUCUUAUCCAAAAGCAUUUCGGUGAUAUCUUAGACACAAAGGUCAGGCUGCUCGUCUCUUCAACCUCUUGGACACCUGACGAAGAUUUCGAUCUUCUCCUGGAUGCACUCUGUAGCUACUCUACCAGCGCCACCUCCUCUCAUCCCCAGCUCCCAGAACUUGUCAUUGUUAUCACAGGAAAAGGUCCCCAAAGGCAACAUUAUCUCGGCAAAAUUCGAGAGCUGCGGUCAGCAAAGGCGCUGGAAAUGGUGAGCAUCUACACCGACUGGCUUAGCUUCGAGAAUUACGCUCUUCUUUUAGGCUCUGCAGAUCUCGGCGUCUCCCUACAUACCAGCAGCAGUGGAGUUGACCUCCCCAUGAAAGUGGUUGACAUGUUCGGUGCUGGUCUCCCGGUGGUGGGCUGGAGCAAGUUUGCAGCAUGGCCGGAGCUAGUGACGGAAAACGUCAAUGGCAAAGGCUUCGGCAGCUCAGAAGAGUUGGCAGACAUUCUUCGUGAAUUGUUUGAUCCCAGCUCACAACAGCUUGCAAGGUUGAAGGCAGGGGCUACAAGGGAAAGCCAGCGGCGAUGGAACUCCGAGUGGGAUUCUGUUGCUGGGAAGCUCCUCGGUCUGGUAAAAUGA